CGGGGGGGCAGCCUUUUUUUGGAGAAAUGAUGGAAACGCCCCCCCAGGUGGUCGUUGGGGAUAGGUUAGUAUAAUAUGCAUGCUGUGUCCAGUGGAAAUUCGGACACUUGUGAAGAAGGCCCCUUAAUCCGGUGCAUUUCUCCAACAGGGUACCUUUGUCAAGCACUCCCUGGCUGUUGUUGGUUAGGCUGUGUGUCUGGUCAAGCACACUUAUACCCAGUACAAAAACCACGCGUUGCGGCUGCAGCAGCUCCAUCCUUUUUACUUUUGUAGGCUUUUGGCCGCUUCAAAGAAACCAAGUUCCCCAGAAUCUUGUCAAUCUGCACAGAUCUCCAUCGCAGCCAUGGCGGAUGAGAAACGACACGAUCAUGCCAAGGAAUCGCCCAAGGUGAUCGAGGAGGCAGGGCAGCCACAUUACGACAUUGCUCUUGGCGAAGCCGCUGACUUGUAUGGCGAUAUUCAAACUGCGCAAGAACUCGGCUAUGUCAAGCGCGGUCUCAAGUCUCGACACAUCCAGUUCAUCGCCCUUGGUGGCACUAUUGGUACUGGUCUCUUCAUCGGAAUCGGCAGCGCCUUCACCAUUGCAGGCCCACUGUCCGUUCUUCUCGGUUACACCCUCACCGGUAUUGCCAUUUUCGGCAUGAUGCAGUGUCUUGGCGAGAUGGCGACUUGGCUCCCGCUUGCUGGUGCGAUCCCGCAAUACUGCGCUCGCUACGUCGACCCGGCCAUGGGUUUUGCUGUCGGAUGGAACAAUUGGUACUCUAGUGCUCUAACACUGUGCGCUGAAAUAUCGGCAGCGUGUAUUGUCAUUCAAUUCUGGGACACGGAAAAGUCAAUCAACCCGGCUGUCUGGAUCACCAUCCUCAUCGUCCUGGUCGUGUGCUUGAACAUUUUCGCCGUCUCCAUUUAUGGUGAGGCCGAGUUUUGUUUUGCCUCAAUCAAACUCAUCACCAUCGUUGGUCUUCUCAUCCUGGCCUUCAUCAUCGAUGUCGGUGGCGUUCCCGGUCAGCAGCGCCUGGGCUUUCACUAUUGGAAGUCGCCGUAUGAACCGAUGAAAUCGGUCGUAGCGUCGGGCUCUGCUGGCCGCUUCCUCGGUUUCUUCUCCACGCUUGUCAAUGCUGCCUUCUCGUUCGGUGGUGUGGAAAUGGUGGCCGUUGCUGCUGGUGAGGCUGAGAACCCCCGCAAGAACAUCCCCAAGGCUGUCAAGAGAGUCUUUUGGCGUAUUCUCGUCUUCUACGUCCUCGGAUCUCUGGCCAUUGGUGUUUGUGUUGCAUCCGAUGAUGAGAAUUUGCUCAAGGGUACUGGCAGUGCUGCGUCGCCAUGGGUUAUCGCCAUUAAGCGUGCCAACAUCCAAUCUCUCCCUUCCAUCAUCAACGCUGUCAUUCUCACCUCGGCUUCCUCCUCCGCCAACGCCUUCCUGUACACUGGCUCACGCUAUCUCUUUGCUCUUGCACAGAAUGGACAGGCCCCACGCGUUUUCCUCAAGUGCACAAACCGCGGUGUUCCUGUCUGGGCUAUUCUGUUUACUGCCUCGUUUGCCUGUCUCACCUACAUGACAGUCUCCAGUGGCUCGGCUACCGUUUUCGGUUGGUUCCAGACACUCACCACCAUCACCAGUCUGCUUACCUGGGUAUCCGUACUCAUCGCCUAUCUUAGAUUUAAGAAGGCAAUGGCAGUACAAGGUGUCAGCCCCUCGGAGCUCCCAUUCAAAAGCCGCUUCCAACCCUAUGCCGCAUGGGUCUCGCUCAUCUUCUUCCUUGUCAUCAUUGUCUUUAACGGAUGGCAAGUCUUCACCUACGGCAACUGGGACCCUCAGGCAUUCGUCACAGCCUACAUCUGCGUACCGGUCUACCUCGUCUUCUACGUCUUCUGGAAGAUUUUCAAGCGCACCUCUUUUGUCAAGCCAGAGGAGGCCGAUCUGUUCACCGGUAAAGCCGCCAUCGAUGCCGAGCAUUGGCCCGAGCAGCACCCUCGCAACUUCCUCGAAAGAAUCUGGUUCUGGAUCGCCUAAGCCAGGAAGGGGACACAAUUUGGUAGACAAACGGACGGAUGGAUAUACGCCUGGAAUUUCACACCUCUGGGUGGUAUAUAUGGAACUAGGGUACUACGCACAUAAGUCGAAUCGAACAACACUGAAUAUAUUUUCUUCGUCGUUUAUAGAUUGAGAUAUAUAGCUUGCGCAACUGUUGUAAUAUAAAUCAAGUCUCUCAUCUGACAGCCCAC